AUGACGUUGGCUGUCAGCGAAGGCAGCGCAAUUUCUGCAAUUGACUUACUUCAAUUUUCCCUACGGAGUACGGUGUAUGUAGCCGAAUUUAUUCUCAGUCAUCAUCAGGCUACCGGCAAAGAUAUAAAAAGAAUGUCACUGCAAACCCUUCUCCCCAACCCAGGGAACCGCCACAAAGUCUGUGGCAGUGAACAGGGACGGACAGCCGCUGUUGGCCCAGUGAUGGCCGGUGGAGACUGCGACGGUCCAUGGAGCAACGCAACUCUAACCACGGGUGGGUUUGGCACGGCUUUGUUUCAGGAGAAUUUGUGA